AUGGCGGAGGCUCUCGCUAUCCUCGGGGGCGUGGCGGCGGGGAUGCAAAUGGUAAGCGUAGCUGCACAAGCUUUGCUUACCACGAUCAAACUCGUGAAGUCUCUCAAAGAGGUCCCCGAAAAGCUCGCGAGGCUCCUAAAUGAGGUCGACGACUCAAUAAGUCGCCUGUGCCACAGUUGCAAUACGGGCUCGAAGUUCUACCUCAGUCUCGACCCCGCACAGACGGAGAACUUGUCUCGAUGCGCUAGCAUGCUGUUCCCGGCUUUACAAGACAUUCACAAUAAAUUGAUACCGCUCACUAAGGACAGUCAAUCCCGUGCAAAACCUAUCCAUCGUAUAUGGAAAACUUUCCUAUCGCUCAAGGUGGAAAAGGAACUGGUCGAGAAACUUGAGAGACUCAAUAGGCUUAAUAUUGAAGUCGUGCGAGAGCUUGGAGUGAUCGGGCUGGAGAUGCAAUCAUCCACGCACGGGCUCCUUGUGGCAGGUAAUGCAGCUUCAAGCCAAGGACUCUCGAACAUAGAGGCGCAGAUGAACUUGAUGCGGAGCGAUUUCCAAGAUUUUACUGUCUCCGUACGUCGAAUACACGCUGUUACAGUUGAUACUGUUGCACCAGGGUCAGAUUCGAGCGAGACAGCUAGCAUCUCGGGGUCAACUAUUACAUCUCAAACGCCUCAGGAAGAAAAAAGACUCUCCCAGGAACGAGCAGAACAGAUGCGUUCUUAUCUUACUGGGGUUUUGGGGGGUGGCGCUGCCACUAAGCCAACUAUGGGGCUGAAUAGCCAACUGCCAACUGCGAGAUUAGAGUUUAUGCUCGUCAGUAUCAGGACGUUCUACACACCAGGCAAUUUCGAUGCGUCGUCAAAAUUGAUCAGGGCAGCCUUCUGGAAGGAUACCGACCUAGCAAUAUAUUUCAUGAAGAUAUCGAAAGGAGAGCAACGUGGUGCAAGCCACAGCAAGACGCGAGGACUUCAACUUCUCAAGAAUACGACAACAAAAAGGUCUAAUACCAUUGACGAAGGCACAGCGAGCAUUCUGAUCGAGCUUUUGAGCACACUGUCACCCCUGAAUACUGCCACCUGCUCAUAUGUCCGAGAGGGCAUGCUCCAACACCUAAGUCAGGUGGCGCGAGAGAAACUCCCUCGAGAUCAUCCCAUAGCUCUCGUCAUUAACAAGUUGAGGGAUGAUGAAGGCGACGAAGACGUUUCUCUUCGCGCACUCACCUUCAUUGCGGAGCGGCUACGCGCCACACUCGGCCCCACCCACGAGCUCACAGAACUCGCAACUAAACGCCUAUGUGCUCUCCUGCGCCGCAGUAAAAGGUACGACGAAGCACUGCGGGUGGCCAAUGAUGGCGUUUGUGCCAUUCGGGCCCUGCUAGGCCCCGGGUCACUGCAAGAGCGAUCGUUGAGUCGCCAGCUCGAGCACGUGUACAUGGAUCAAUGCGACUGGACCGCGGCGUUGAGUGUGUGCUUUGAUAUCGUAGGGCAACGGCAGUUAGACUCCCCGAACCCGGACCCAUUAUACCAUGACGAGUGUGCUGUACACACCAUGGAGGAUAUCGCGAAGAUAUGUGAGCUAGGAGGUAAUAUGGGGCAAGCCGUAGCAUGGCUAAAGCAGGCAUUGAUUAGUGGCGGUAUGACAUGGGAAGGGAAGGAACCCGUUGCCCUUUCGCAUAUUCAUGAUAAGCUGGCUGAGCUGUUAAAGCAAAUGGGAAAGGAAGAAGAGCUGGAGCUGUGGAAUACCUUUAUAGAGCCAAUGCCAUGA